UUCUUUCUUAUCUGCAUGUCCAUGUGAAUUGUGAACGUCAAAGCAAUUUUAAUCACAACAAGGAUGAUUAAUUCUGUUAAAUCUCCUUUUUAAGAGGAAUCAGUAACUCUAUCACCGUCAAUAUGAAUCCAGAUAUGGAGAGUCACACCUACACCAUUGGUGGGGUGGUAGUUCACUUUCCCCACAAAGCCUACGGAGCUCAAGUAGCAAUCAUGGAUAAGGUUAUUCGCGGUUGUAAUUCAAGUCGGAAUUGCUUAGUCGAAAGUCCUACAGGAUCUGGAAAAACUUUAGCCUUGUUAUGCUCAGCUUUAGCAUGGCAGGGGGUUCAAAAAGAGAAAAUCAGACGAGAAAAUGAACAAUUACAAGCCGACUACUUGGAGCGCUUAGAAAUAGCAGAACGUAAGCUUGCCGAAUCUGCUAAUCAAGCUCCACAAAAUAAUGUAUGUACAACGGCAGCUCAAAAUAAUGUAAUAUCAAAUGGCAAAUCAGAAUGUUGUACAAAUAACACAAAGGAAGUGGUUGAAUUAAGUGAUGAUGACCUUGAGGAAGAUGCCGACGUUUUUAAAUCUCCGCAAAAGAAGAAAGUUAAAAUUGCAUCCCCAACUGAAAUAAUGUGUGACAAGCAAUGUUUGAAUGAUACAAGUGGGACGAAUCAAGAAAGCAAAGAAGAUUCUGCUGCAGCUGCGUUCAAUGCUGUUCAAAAUCAAUGUGCAGAUGAGGUUUCAGUUCCUAAACCCAAGUUUACCAGACCUCCAAAAAUUUAUUUUGGUACCCGGACCCACAAGCAGAUAGAGCAAAUUAUAAAAGAACUGAAGAAAACAGCGUACAAAGACACCAGAAUGACUAUUCUAUCAAGUAGAGAACACACUUGUAUCAAUAAUAUGGACACAGAGUUCCAGAUGAGGAAGAAGCAAAGACAGUGGAGGAAUAAAACGGAACUUUGUAAAGAUUUGCUGGAUCCAAGACAGGGUAUGGGAUGCAUGUACAAAGUAAAUGUCGAAAGGAUUAACGCUCAUCGUAAACUUGAAAACGACUAUAGUUUCCCAAAUGUUUGGGAUAUUGAAGACUUCGUUAAUCUGGGCAAAGCAAAAAAAGCAUGUCCUUAUUUUGCAGCUCGAGACAUAGCAGUCACAGCAGAUAUAAUUUUCUGUCCGUACAAUUACCUGAUCCAUCCAUUAAUCCGGAAAAGUAUGGAAAUCAAUUUAAAAGGAGAAAUAAUGAUUUUGGAUGAAGCUCACAACAUAGAAGAUGUUUGUAGAGACAGUGCCAGUCUCACUGUUCAUUUAAACGAUCUGACUAGCUUCAUGCAAGAAUGUGAGAAAGCAGCUGAAUCUGGCAACUUUCCAGAAGAGCAUGCUCAAAUGAGAUCUUUUGUUAAACUGCUUGUGGACUGGAUCAAAGAUAACACGGAGAAAGUGCAACACUUGGAUGACUUCAAUAGUGGUCAUGCAGUGUGGAAUGGAACACAAAUUCUAGCCAGCUUCGAAAAUGCUGGAAUAACCCUAGAAGAAUUUGAUCUUUUUAGAGCCAGUGCAAACGAAAUUAACAAACCUAUCGAUCCUAAAGAGGUUAAUCCUAGCCACAUCUCUGUGUCAUCAACUAGCAAAAGUAUUUCUGACGGACUAUCAGAAACACUGCCUUAUAUUUUUAAUGAAGUAACCAGAAACUCUUUCCGUGUACUUUUAGAUAAGAAGAUGGAUUCAAACUUUUCAAAUGAAUUUGAGGAGCCAGAGGCCGAUUCUUCAGGGUGGGUUGGUAGGGCAGAACGUAGGGGCAGAAACUUCACGACAAGCUGGAAGUAUAGCUUGAACAUAUACUGUUUGCAUCCAGCAGUAGCGUUUAAAGAAAUAAAUGAAAGUCUGCGCUCAGUGAUUUUAACAUCUGGUACACUGUCGCCCAUUGAAUCUUUCCAGUCAGAACUUGGUGCUGAAUUUCCAAUUAGAUUAGAGGCGGCUCAUGUCAUUGACAAAUCUCAGGUUUGGAUUGGAGCUCUAAGCUGUGGUCCCCGGAGAAUUCAAUUGGAAAGUACGUAUCAGAAAACUGCAACAUAUGAAUUUCAAGAUGAAUUAGGAAGAGUCAUUCUAGAAGUAUGUAAGAAAGUACCCUUUGGCGUCCUUUGCUUCUUGUCUUCCUACACACUUCUCGAGAAGCUAGUUAACAGAUGGGAGUCAACUGGAUUGCUGGAUGAAAUUUCCGAGCACAAAUAUAUCUUGAUUGAACCCAGAAGGAUGGAUCAGCUUCAGACUGUGAUGGAAAAAUUUUAUGAGUAUGUCCAAGAGAAAGGCGCCCUCUUUUUUGCUGUCUUCAGAGGGAAAGUAAGCGAAGGCAUCAACUUUUCAGACAAUUAUGCCCGGUGUGUCAUUUCGGUUGGUAUCCCUUAUCCCAAUUCCAAAGAUAAUUUGGUGAAAUUAAAAAAAGACUUCAAUAAUGAAUUCAGGUUAAAAAAUAAUGAUAUUUUGACUGGGGACAAAUGGUAUCAAAUUCAAGCUUACAGGGCGCUGAAUCAAGCUUUGGGUCGGUGUAUCAGGCAUAAAAACGAUUGGGGUGCUAUCUUGUUAAUUGAUCACCGAUUUUCAAGGAAGCAGAAUGUAGAAGGUCUAUCAAAAUGGAUCAAAAAUAUGAUUGGUUACUACCCUGAAUGGAAUGGGAUGAUUCAAAGUAUUACAAAUUUUACAGAUGCUCAGAUCAAAAGGACAUCUGUCAAUUCGGAAACUAGUACAGAAAUCGUCUGUGUUGAGUAAGGUUGUUACUAUUCUUUUUCCCUCACUCGUUCAGUAUUCCCUAUAGGGUUUGCGUCAAUUUCUGUCAAUGGCUGUGCCAAUAUUCGAAGAACAAAUUUCUCAAUCCAUUCCAAGUUGAUUCAAUGAUUUUCUCCUUAAUUUUUAAUCAUUAAAAUUCUUACUCUAGAAUUCCAAACUGGAGUAUACUGAGUGUACAACUAGGAUCUACUGUAGAUGUAUCUUGAAUUUCUCUAUUUUCAGUAACCAUAUUUGCCCAAUUUCAAGGAGUACAUAAUGUCGAUCACAUUUCAACUGAUUUUAUCAACUUUUUUAUUUCAUACAGAUUUGUUUUCAAAGGGAAAAUAUUUUGAAAAACCUCAGAAAA